UGUUGAAAUGGAGACAAGCCCAGCCUCAGUUGAAAGAGUUACUAGUUGGAUAAUGAAAGAGUGCAAUCAGAGAAGAAGAGAAGAGGAGUGAAAGUGCAAGGCUGAGAGGCAGGCGAAGAGAGAAGGUGAACACACUGUGUGCCAACUGGAUAAAGAGGAUUUUGGCAAAGUCCAGUGUCUGUGGUGUUUCUAAGGAGACGGUAACACACUGAAGCUUGGAAUGAAAGCUGAAGAUUCUGGAGGCUUUCUCUUUAAACUGAGAAGACGAAACUACCGUCAGUGAGAAGUGAAACUCACCUCGUGGGCACAGGCUAAUGGAGGAUCACAUGACCUCGUCAGACGUGAAGGACACUGGAAGUACUUCUGUUGCCAUGGUAGAGGACGCCACCAGAACCGGUCCUGAUCUGGACCUGCAGCUCCUGUGUGACAGAGUGAGGGUCCUGGAGCAGACUGCAGGUUCAGCCAUCCACUCUGACAGCUACCUGAAGAACAGGAUCAGACAGUUAGAGAGGUCAGAGAGGAGUCUGCUGCUUCAGCUCUAUCAGCUGGCUGCUGCCACCCACCUCCCCAGCAUGCAACACUCCCAGAGGCUGGAUCAGAGACUCCAUAAGCUCAAAGAGGAGGUCAGAAGCAUGUCUCAGGAGAAGGAGCAACUAGAGCAUAUAUGGAGGGAGCGACUGCAGCGUUGCCAGAGGCAGCUGAAGGCAAAAGAGGAGGAGAUGAGUCGUCAGUCCCAGUACUUCCAGAACUUCAAAACCCAGCUCCAACAUAAGCUCAACCAGAGCCAGGACAGAGAGCAGAGUCUACAAAAUCGAAUCUACGCCUUAGAAAAGCAGCUACUGGACAUGACAGUGAGUGCAGCAACUGGCAUAACAACAAUCAGUGCCGUCAGAAUCACUGCUGGAGCCGUAACACACUGGGAAGAACCGGACAGGCUCCCAUCCCUGAGAGGACAGGGAGAAGGAGAAGAAGAGAAGAAGGAGGAGAGGAGGAAGCAAUGGCCACCAAGUGUACGAGGGCGGGAACGUGAUGAAGGAAAAAUAGAGAAAGAAAUAGAGGGGGGCGAAGACAAAAGUUUAAACCAGAACUCAAAUGAGGCCAGGCUGCAAGGCUUUAUCCUGAGCCUCCAGGAGGACCUCAGGGUGCUGCUGGAGCGAGAGGAAAAUGGGAUGACAGAACGAAGGGGACUGAUGGACCAGCUUCAAGAAGCCCAAGAGAACAGUCAUUUCCUGAGCUGCAAAGUGGAAGAGAUGAAAGCAGAAAUUCAUCAGCUGAAGCUGUCUGAAAGUUCCCUGGAGGAGGAGGUUGAAGAGCUGAGGGAGGAGAACAACAGACUCCAGCAGAGCCUUCAGGAAGCAGCUAAACACACAUUUAAUCAGUCAUCCACAAUCCCAGAGUCCACAUGUCUGAGUUCUGGAGCUAGUUCACCCAGCUGUAGUCCUGUUGCUUGUCCUCUGUCCUCCAACAUUCUUCCAAAUGGCUCCUCUGGGUGUUCUGAAAAGGUCCAAGUCAUGGAUGAGCAAAAGGAAAAGCCACAUGUAUCUGCAGUUUCACCUUUUGACCACCAGGCUACAGCAGAGAGCACAGAUAACACCCCAGUGGACCACUCCUCAUCUGCAAAAUCAGACACUUUACCUAAAAACGAACGGCUGAACUUCUUUGGCAACUUUGGCUCCAAAAUGAACCCCAGCAUCCAGUCGUUGACGGUAACUACGGAGACGGUAGAUGAAUUCAGAUUAGGGGCCUGGUGUUACAGAGGUGUCCUGAACCUGGAGGAAAGCCCCAGUGAGGAAUGUGAUGCCCUGAGGGACGCCUACAGGAGUUUGGGCUUAGAGGAAGAUCUUGACACAAUUAAAGAGCAACGUGACCGCCUGGAGGACGCCCUGCAGCGCACACAGGAGCAGCUGCAGGUGACCACGCAGGAGAAUGGGCGAUUGAGAUUACAAAUUCACAAACAGCAUGAAGAAGAAGAAGAGGAAGGAAAACUGGAGCUAGAGAUUACCACACCAUCCACCUGUGAGGGAGAUGACCACCUUCAUUCACCAUCCACACAGGAUAGUGCCAUCUUCGCUCUUGCCGCUGAUGAUCUUGUCCAGGCCCUGAAUCAAGAGAACCGGGCCUUGGCUGAGCGGAUCCAGGAGCUGCAGACUCACAUUGAACUCAGAGAGGAGGAGAUCAAGAGGGAACAAACACAGGUGAAGGAGCUCGUCAGCAGGUUAGAGGCAGACAGAGCCCAGCAGGAGCAGGAGAACCAGGAGCAGGGGUGUUUGAUCACAGAACUCACCAGGAAAACUGAGGAUGAUCUCAAUACCAUCAUGGAGUUGCAGCAGAAGGUGGUGGAGAGUGAGAAGCAUAAGAUCAGAUCACAGAAUAAGGAGCUACAUGGGUCUCAGUGGAAACAACAUGAACAUAAAAAAGCAGUAUUCAGUAAGCAAAAUAAUCUAAAUGAAUGUGCAGACAGUUUGGUGACCAGUAUGCCACAAGGGGAUGAAAAGUCACAGUUGGAACCCCUGGAUGAUAUGCCCCAGACACCACAAUUUGUAUUUCAAGACAGCAAGAAGCACUGUAGGUCACUGCAAACAAGCUCACAAGAAGAUCUUCACAUUAGUUCACUGACUGAUCAACAGGACCAUCUGAGCAGGUUGAUCCAGAGCCUCAAAACAGAACAAGAAGAACUGACAGGCUGCAUCAGCUGUCUGAGAACAGAGCAGCAGGAGGUGACAUUAUCAGUCCAAGCACAGACAGAAGAGAAGCAGCAUUUAACUCGAGCAAUUUGGGGACUGAAAGAGGAGAAAGAUGGCAUCUCCCAGUCUUUGGCUGGUCUAAAACAAGAGCGAGAGCACUUAACCAGGGCAGUAUGUGGGCUUAAAGAUGAGAGGGACAACUUUAAAAGAUCAAUGAGUGGCCUGAAAGAGGAGAAAGAGCAGCUCUUUACUUCUAUAUCUGAUCUUAAAAGGGAGAAGGAGAUACUUGAAGAAUCUCUCUCGAGUGGAAUCGAAGAGCGAGAUCAGACGGUGCAGUCAUUACAAAAUCUACAGAACGACAUUGACCAGUUAAGCCACGCGGUGCUUGAUUUAAAACAGGAAAGGGAUGAACUAAUUGUCUUCCUGAAAUCUCUGAACGAACAGAAAGUCAACGAACAAUCUACUGAUACUUUACUAGAAGACCGUGCCAAGCUGAUAAAGUCAGUAUCCAGCUUAAGAGAAGAACAAGAGAGAAUUGAACUUUCAAUUACUCACUUGAAACAAGAGGAAAAGCAGGUAAUGCUGUUGCUCCAGGGACUAAAAGAGGAAAACAGCAGCCUGCUAAGCCAAACACAAACAGACGAGAGGAAGAAGCCACAUCUGCUGAAUAUAAACAGUCCUGCUACAACCAAGACGAGGGAGGCAGAAAACGCUGAACCAAGGUGUCAGAAUAACUUCAUACAGGAAAAGAAUGAUUUAAUGAGAGAGAUUGAAGCUUUGGGGACAGCACUUCAAAAAUCACAAGAGGAGCUGGAGAAAACCCAUGGGGAGACCCAGAGGCUGCACAGUGAACUGGGUCAGUCUGAAGCCAAAAGAGAGGAGGCAGAGAGGAAGGCAUCCCAAGCAGUUGACAAAGUGGUGAGACUGACUGAUGCAGCCAAUCAGAUGGAAGAAACUAGGAAAGAAAAUGAAAGCCUAACAACCCAGGUGAAGGAGCUGCAGAACAAAGUGACAGGACUGCUGAAGGAGAAGACUGAUGCUCUGUCGCUAAAGGCACAAAUAGAAGAACAUUAUAACAUCCUCACUGCUCAACUCAAAGCUAAAACAGUGGCUUUAGAGGAGCUGAACUCUGAGUACAUCAGUCUGAAACGAGGCCAUGGCACCAAGGAUGAUCUUAGCACUGUUCUCAUCUCACUCCGGACGCGUUACAAUGACAUCAGAGCCAAGUAUGACGCUUUACUACAGAAGAAGAGCCAAACUGAUCUAGAUAUGGCUCCUUUAAAGGCCAAACUGUCGUGCCUGGUGCUGAAAUGUCAGGAGAGGAACAACAUACUGGCACAAAUGUCCAAAGUCAUGCACAAACAUGGCUGUGUCGACUACGGGCUCAAACAGCAGGUGGACCAGCUGCUCCGUGACAGGGUUCUGCAGAGCUACACCACUUCCUUCACACCAGGAAGCAUUAAAACCCAGAAUUACAGCAGCGGAUUAACAGCAGGAGUUUUCUCAAAAACUCAGGACUACAGCAAUGGGUUAAUACCUGCAACCCAGCCACACCAAAGUGAACUCACAGCUGAAUGCAAAAAGCUUAGAAGUGAAAAAUGUUCCUUUAUUGUUAAAGCUGAAUCUACAACUAUUCUUCAAGACUGCACCAAUGAAAAGAUUUCUGCAGCAGAGAAAAAUGCCAUCUCUCCUGUGCCAACUUCACCAGUGCAAGAACCAGCCAGUGUCCAAGUGUCUCAGUUAUCUACAGACAGCGUUAGCACCAACUUAACCCAGCUCUCCUCAUCUGCCAGUGGACUGGUCCAGGAUACAAGUGGUUUGCAUCAGUCCAACACUAAAGCUGAUCCCUCCCCAGAUCGGACCGGUUUGUCAGAGCCAAGUGCGUUUUCCAGUAGUCCAGUUCCUGCCUCCUCAGGCACAUCUAUCAGUCUGAGCAAAAGGUUGAGUAGUCCUGAGAAGAUCAUCAGCCUACACGAGCAACUGCAGAAGACUCUACAGAGCAGCUAUCAGGCUCCAGUGAGCAGUGGAAGAGGACAGCAGACCAGGAAAAGUCUGUCGUUCUCAGCUCCAGUAGACCUGAACCUGGCCUCUCGGACCAACAGGCAGAACCUCAGCACUACUGUCCCUCAUACCAACACCCUCCCAGUCACUGCAGCUUUAAGCCAAGUUAAACACACUCCAGUUGGAACAAGUAAACCUGUUCCCACUAAUAAGCCAACAACGCUUUUCAGUGCAGUCACAUCUCGUUCUGCAAAUGUUACAUUCUGUCCCAACAACCUUAACCAUCUAUUUAAAGCAGAUGUAACUCCAACAGCAUCUAAUCUCUCUAGUUCCUCUAACUCUCUUAUAGCAAAUGCUGUACCAAGCAAAGCAAAAUUCACCUCAAGCAGUGGUGCUAAUAUAACAGCAUCUCCAAAGCUGACAAAUAAAAUAUCUGCUAUUACUGAUGGAUCUGAUGUGACACAAACAGCUUUAUCUGCUUUACCUCAGAACAACACUACCUUUUUGAGUAAUGCCGUCAGUCCUACUAACUCUGAUGUCUUAAUACGCUCUGACACUCCUCCAAAAACCACUGCCUCAGACAUGACUGCCCCAAGCAUAUCAACUGCUACCAAAAGUACUAUUUUUAGCAUGAUUUCCAAAAUGGACGGUGCUGCUCACACACAUGAUGGCCUCGUAUCUGCUCAUCGAUCCACCAAGCCUGCCAAAAAGUCAUCAGAUGCCUCAGAAAAGGCCAAGUCACCAAGAACAAAACAAGAAGCUCCAGCAGAGGUGCGUUCAGUAGAAGUCAUCCAAACUGUGGGUCAGAGCAGCCUUAUGAUUGGCUGGGAGAGGCCACCACUUGAUGAGCUGGGCUGUAGUAAUGGCACAUUUGUAUAUGGAUACAGGCUGUUUGUAGACGGUGACUUCCACAAAUCUGUUAUGAGCUCAGCGUGCACUAAGUGCAUUCUUGAGAACGUAGACAUGAGCGUCCCCUUCCGCAUCAGUGUACAAACACUGGGUUCUAAUGGCCUCAGCUCCAACAGUGUCCACACCAUGUACAGAACCCCACCUGCAAAUGGCAACUAAGAAACACCAAACUUCACAGUGCAUUACUGGCUGUCAGUAAUCUUUCUGUAGAUAUUAACAACUUCUCAGUGGAAUCCAUCACCACCAGAGGCCAAGGUUACAAUGCCAUCUAUAGCUGCAGCCCUCUGAGGGACCGUCCUAACCUCUAUCUCAGCUGAGAACAAAUGAGACACCUUCACACUGCUGGGAUUACCCUCGCCAUGUGAGGCUCAGGUCAACCAAUCAGAUAAACUCAUCUUAUGUUGUCAUUAUUAGCCAAUGAACACGGGCUGGCCACUGAACCUCAAAGUGAUCACCUGAAGAUGUCAAUCAUGAACCAUGUAAGACUGGUUCAUCUGCACUCAGAGGUCAUCUGUAGAUCCAUGGGUUGGAAUGGGAGGUUUGGACUUUACAAACAGGACAUCGUGGCUGCCAGUCAGAAUAUUAACUUCGACAGACUGAUAAACUGUAAACUUAACGAAGCCAAGAUCAAUCAUAUUUUUAAACGCUGCCUGUGAAACCAAUAUUUAAUGUUGGGACGAUGUCUGCAUCUGCUGCACACGUUUACACUGUGUUAAAAAACGAGUGAUCACAAGUCACACUGCUUCACCGAUGAUCCCGGCUGCUGCCUCACUGGACUAUUUGUGAAUGGUCGGCCAGAGGGACGUUUAUAAAAGGCCUUUUAAACAACACAUGCUGUAUAAUGCGCAGAUGCAACAUUAUGUCGGAAGCUCAUCUUACUUGAUUUUUACACAUUAAGCCAAAUAUGAGAAAAAGUGACUCACUCCAAAGACUUCAGUUUCCUUCUGCUCAUAUGUAUAAACACAGAUGUUAUUUUAGUUCUGAAAUUUGCACACAAUCAUCACUGAUAUCUAGAGAUAAAAGAGAUUACCACUGAUAUUUUUUUGUAGAGGAUAUAAUAAAAAUCUGCCAAUAGUGUAUACAAAAUGUACCACUUAACAGUAUAUCUUUUUGUAUGAGUGACAGUUGUUUUUUCAUACCCAUGUCUCUGUUAAUUGAUGUUUGCACGCUCAUGUUGUUUUAUACACUAUUCACAUUACAUAUAUAACGUUCUUUUGCUACUUAUGUACGGGUGUAGAGUGAUUAUGGUGCAGCAAAGGUAUUUUUCUAUCAGUACUUGAUUUCGCAUUGAUUCCUUAAUACUAUACAGAGAAUAAAUGUUUAUACUGUCAU